CCCAGCCUUGGACCUCGGGAAUCAUCAACAUCAAUGUGUGGACCCGCUUUCAAGGUCGAUCAUCUGAUCCAUUUCAAAUCAAUCUCCGCGAUGAUUAGGUUUAUGCCGAGAACGACCAGGUAUAUAAGCCACGUCUCUUGCCAGGUUUCACGUUCUCGAUAUCAACCUCGAACCUUUCAAUCUCUUUAUAGCCUUCCCACCACACCAUCCCAACAUGCGUCUCUCCAACAUUGCCAUCGGCACUAUUGUCGCCCUUUGUGGCCAGGCUUUCAGCCAGGAGUCCCGAGUGGGCAAGGGACCCCAAACAAUCGCUCAAGCCAACGGCGACUCCCUCCUGACAGCUGCAUCGAAGUCCAAACAACCUUUGACAUUUGAGAGCCCCACUGGAGAGGAGGACCAAACUUGGUUUUUUAUCGAAGACUCUGACAACCAGGGCCAAUCUAUCCAGAAUGCCGAUUCCGGUAAAUACCUAUACUGCUCUGGAGGAUCCGCCUGUACGCAGUCGCGGCAGGCUCAGAUUUUCCACCCGUACCAUCAGAAAAAUUCCGAUACCUGGGGGUUUGGUGAGAUAAGCUCCCAAUCAGUCCUCACUUGGACAGACGAGAACACUCUGAAGCUGGUGAAAAAUCCCUCCAACAUGGAUAAUUCGUUCUUCACAAUCAAGAAAGCCGAGUAAACUAUCGCGCCCGAUAUCGACUGAGGAAAGCCUUAAGAGGGUUGUGUUUUAUCUUAUCCCAGUCACCUUUGUUUGGCUGGAUGUGGGAGGGAAGAGGAGAGAGACAUCAACCGAUGAGAUCAAGGCUCUUACGGCUGUCGCCUACUUCGCUACUUUCCUUUGUUAAGUGUCUUUGAUAUAUAUAUACGGCCUCACAUAGUGGGGAAGGUUCCGAGGUCGUGCUCCGGAUACGAUAUGGUGUAGGGGGAUUACUCAGAAUGCAUUUCAUCAUACAUUCAUAGAUGUGAAUUCCCCGAUCAUCCAAUUACUUCUCUCGAAACUAUCUUAACCUUGGUUUGUAAUUAGUCGAUUCCUGUGCUUUUUAGGUAGGUCGGAGUCUAGAUUCUAGGAUCUAUAUAAAUUAUAGAGGCUAAACCACUACUAGUGAUCUAAACAGAACUAGUCC